AUGAAUAAUGCUAUGAAAAUACUAGCCGAUAAUGAGUUAAGGGAAUUUUAUGAUAGAGGCAUACAAAAUGGAACGCUGUCUCCUGUUAUACCUUAUGAAGAAUGCAAAACUAAAAUGGAGGAUAAGAAAAAGGAGAUGGAGAUACUGAAAGGAGACUUAAAAAAAGUAGAGGAGUUGAUGAAAAGUAUCACUGGAUCAAUCAGUGUUAUUAAUGAAAAGAAACAGUCAAUUUUUCAUUGCAUAAAUCAUCAAAAUGAUUGUGUCAAAGAAAUGGAAGGAAGAAGACACAGAUAUCGAUAUUUUCAGCAAAAGAUUGAUAUAUACCAAAAAAGAAUCGAUGAAUGCCAGAAAGAAAUUGAUAAGUGUAUCAAUCCUAUGCAAAAAGUCUUAGUAGUCUCUCACAAAAAACAAGAGCUACUAAUGAUAUGAUGGAAUUUAAAUCAAUGAUAGAUAGCCUGCAAACAAAACAUGACACACUGCCAAGUGAAAAACGUGCACGUAAGCUUUCAACUUUAACUUAUUUAUCAAAAACACAAGAUCAAAUACAUGAGCUAUUGGCAGAGCAUAAUCCUGCAACAAAUCUUUCACAAACUAAACAUGAUCAUCUGGUAUGCACUUUCAGAGUGUAAUGGUAUGAUGUAUUGAUAUGAAAGAUAGUAUAGCCCUUCUCAUAAUAGUAGAAAGGAUAAAAGAAAAGCAGAAUCAACAGAUUGACGAAAAGAUUUGAGAAUAGGAACGUUCUUUCUAGGCUCUGUGAACCAAAAUUUGGA